CAACCCUGGUCAAUAGCAUUUCAAAUGUCUAAAGUUUACGUUAUUGGAGCUACCGGAGGAAUCGGCAAUCAGCUGGUGAAGAUAUUGUUAAGCAGAGGUGUCCUAACCACCGUAUUGGUUCGUGAUCCUUCCAAGGCAGCCGGACUGUUUGGUGAAUCUGAAAACCUGACGGUUGUCCAAGGCGAUUAUGCUGACAACGAGGCCUUCAAGCAAUCCAUUGUCGGACACGAGAGGCUUUUCCUCCUUGUCCGGGAUUUUUACAGUAUGGCAGCCAUCAAGCGCAACUUUGCCCAAAUUGCAUAUGCGUCUGGCGUUAAGCAGAUUGUCGAUGUCUCCUCCGGAACCGUUAACGGUGCCUGGAGAGAGCAUCAUAUUUCUACCAUGCACUACGCUUCCGAAGAAGCCAUCUUCAACCUCCCCGACAGAGGCUCCUAUGUCACUUUGCGUCCUACUCAGUUCUUCUCCAACCAUUUCUUCGCUGACCAUCAGACCGUCAAAUUCAAAAAUGCUAUCUUCGGCUCAGCCAAUCCCAAUUCCAGAGUGCCAUGGAUCUCACCUACAGAUAUUGCCGAGCUUGCUGCCAACGUUUUGACUGAGCCUAUUGAAAAGCAUGGUGAUAUGGUGUAUCACAUGACCAGUGAGGUGCUGUCUGGUAACGACAGAGCUAAGAUUCUCUCUCGAGUUCUAGGAAAGGACGUCAAAUACGUCCAGAUCUCCGCCGAAGAACAAUACAAGGCAUACGUUGAACACGUUCAUGUACCUCACAGCGUAGCGUACGGAUUUGUUGAUGCUAGUCUGAAAGACUUUGAGGUCAACCAUGCACUUUCCAUCGUCCUUCAUCGCCCCCCUCAAUCACUGGAACCUUGGUUGGAACUCAACAAGGAUAAGUUUUAACAUGGAAAAAAAAAUAACAACGUAUCUAAGUAGUAUGACUUGAAUUUCAUGAAAAUGUCUCGAAGACUGAGCAAAAAAGCUGUGCAUCACAAAGAGCUUGAAAUUGAGUGGUUUGAGAAAAAUAAAAAAUUUAAGAACUUCAUCUUUUAGCAAAUUGCUUAAA